UAAGAUUUCUUUCCCUUUUAAUUUUUUUCAUCAUUUUUCCAAAAGAAAAAAAAGUGCACUAAACUUAGGGGAGGUGCCACGUCUUCAUAUUCUUCAAUGGUCCUAAAUUUCUAAUAUGUGUAUAUAUAUACCAACAAGAACAACUAGCCUUCAAUCCUCAUAGAACCCAAUCACUACUCAAAAUGUCUUUGAAGAUUGCAGCUGAAAACUGGCCAAGAUCAUCAUCAAAGAAAGUUGAAGAAUCAUUGAUAGUGAUAAGAGAGUAUGAUGAAGUGAAACACAAAGUGGCAGUAGAGAAUUUGGAGAGACUUUGUGAAGUUGGACAGAGAGGAAAACCUUCUCUUGUCACUGAUUUGUUGGGCGAUCCUAUAUGCCGAAUUCGUCUCUUCCCGUUACAUGUCAUGCUGGUUGCUGAAUUCGGCGAAGGAGGAGAAGUUGUUGGAGUGAUAAGAGGAUGUGUGAAAACAGUUACAAGAGGGAAUUUAGCUUAUGUGAAACUUGCUUAUGUUUUAGGCCUAAGAGUUUCUCCGAAACACAGGAGAUUUGGCAUUGGAACAAAACUAGUAGAACAUUUAGAAGAAUGGUGCAAGCAAAAAGAGGCCAAGUAUGCAUAUAUGGCAACAGAUUGUACAAAUGAACCAUCCAUCAAUUUGUUCACAAAAAAAUGUGGUUACUCAAAAUUCAGAACACUAACAAUGCUAGUGCAACCGGUUCAUGCUCACUACAAGUCAAUCAGCACAAACAUUUCCGUCCUUCGUCUACCGCCGCGCCUAGCCGGGCCGACCUAUAACCAUAUUUUCACCAACUCCGAAUUUUUCCCUAAAGACAUAGACAUGAUUUUAUCUAACAAACUUAAUUUGGGCACAUUCAUGGCCAUCCCAAGAAAAUACCUAACCAAAUGUGAUCUAAAAAAGGGUAUUUUUCCUCCUAGCUAUGCAAUGUUAAGUGUGUGGAACACAAAAGAAGUGUUCAAAUUGCAAGUUAAAGGAGUGUCACCAUUUGUGCAUGCAUGUUGUGUAGGUACAAGAUUGUUAGAUAAAUGUAUGCCAUGGUUAAGGUUACCUUCAUUUCCUAAUGUUUUUAGGCCAUUUGGGAUUUAUGUAAUGUAUGCAUUACACAUGGAGGGUAAAUAUGGAAAACAACUAAUGAAGUCAUUAUGUGGAUUUGUUCAUAAUAUGGCUAAAGAUGAUGGUGAUUGUGGGACCAUUGUGGCUGAGGUUAGUCAAAGGGACCCAGUUAAGGAAGCUGUCCCACAUUGGAGGAAAUUUUCUUGGGCAGAAGACAUGUGGUGCAUUAAGAAUCUUGAGGACAUGAAGAAGGAAUGUGGACCCUUUGAUUGGUUUGAUUAUAAAUCAUUUUCAGAUGUAAUUUUUGUUGAUCCUCGUGAUUUUUGACACUAGCUUAUGAAAUUUAUAUGUAUAUGUAUAUCUAUAGAGGGAAAUGGUGCUAAAUACUAAUUGGGAAUGGUGAUCUUUGAAUUGACAAAAUGAAAAUGUAAGUAAAAUAUUUUAUGUAUGUUAAUUAAUGAAUCAAUGGUUAAUUAGGUUGCAUCUCUUUUUA